CCCUAUGCAGAUGCGGAUUGAUUUUCUCCAUUCGAUUCUGUGUUUACGGGUCACAGUAACCUGAAUGGGCCUGCGUCCAGGUACUGUCCCUUGGGCUCCCGAAAAGCCACUGGCCGGCUGGAUCCCAUUUCCCAGUUUGUGGAAUCCCGGGACGCGGCAUGUGGAGCCCCGCCUCUUGGAGCUUGAGGGCAGAGCCGCCUCGGCUGGGCAGUCUGGCGGGAAAGGAAAUUCAACCCCUAAGGAGAACAGUCACCACACUCAUGGCAGGGAUUUUGCGCUCAAUAGUUCAGAGGCCCCCAGGCAGACUACAAAUGGUGACAAAAGGUGUGGAGCCCCUUGUUUGUACAGAUUGGAUUCGUCACAAAUUUACGAAGUCAAGAAUUCCAGAUAAAGUUUUCCAGCCUUCACCUGAAGAUCAUGAAAAAUAUGGUGGGGAUCCACAGCAACCUCAUAAACUGCAUAUUGUUACCAGAAUAAAAAGUACAAAAAGACGUCCAUAUUGGGAGAAAGAUAUAAUAAAGAUGCUUGGGUUACAAAAAGCACAUACUCCUCAAGUUCACAAGAAUAUCCCUUCGGUGAAUGCAAAACUGAAAGUGGUUAAACAUUUGAUAAGAAUCAAGCCCCUGAAGCUGCCACAAGGUCUCCCAGCAGAGGAGGACAUGUCCAACACAUGCCUCAAGAGCACUGGAGAGCUGGUGGUGGGGUGGCUUCAGAACCCCACGGACCAGGAAGUGAAUAAGUCCUGAUGGCCUCUCAGCUUCAGAGUAAAAAGUGCAAGUCAUUUCUAUUUAAAGAUGGUGAGAAAGUGUUCUCAUUAAAAUAUGUUUUAAAUUCUAGUCA